AGGGAGCCACGGGCUGCCUGGCUGGCUGUAUUUGCUGGCUUGGUGGCUGUGCUGCCAGGACUAUAGCCAACUGGGGAAGAAAGGCUCGGGCCUUUCUGAGAUGCUCGAGAGAGGCAAGCGUGGAGGUGGAGAGAGGUGGCCAAGAGGCUGCUGAGAGAGCAACUCACAUGGGCUACGAGUGCAGAGGAGACAGGGAAGUCCUGGUGGCUGACCCAUGUGUACCAAGCUGCUCCAGGGAUAGUGUGAAAUAUGAGUGGGAAAUUCAUAUCCACACCCAAAUCUGAAGAAAGAAUCAAUGAUCAAGACCCUUCCCAGCCUGCUGGACCCGGAGUUGCCGAGCAAUCCAGUGAUGAACAACCUGAGCAUAAUGAGCCACCAACCGAAAGCCAGGAUGUUCCACCUGGUCAGGAAAUAGAGCAUGAAGGAGCACAUGCAUGCCAAGGAUCUGACCUGGAACAUGAACUCCAAGAACUGACUCAGCCAAAGACUGGGGGUAAACGUGGGGAUGGUCCAGACAUCAAGGGGGAGAUUGUAACAAAUCUGGAGCCUGUUAAAAUGCCAGAAUCAGGUGAAGGGCAACCUCAGAUUUGAAAAGAAGACAAGGUGAAAACAUGCAUGCUGUUCUUCUUAUGUUGGAAAUGUGAUUCUUAAAAGUCUCUCAAUAAAGACU